AUGGCGGCGGAGUCGGAGAGCCAGGAGGCGAACGCGGAGCAGCGGAUGAGGGAGGCGGCGGCGGAGUCGGAGAGCGAGGCGGCGGAGCGGGUGAGGGAGGCGGCGGCGGAGUCGGCGGGCGGCGGGGAGAGGAGGAGAUUCUUCCCGAUCUACGUCGGCGUUAUGGGUCCGCCGCCGCCGGCUGACGGAGGGCCGGUGCCGCCGCCGGACCGGAUUGUGCUGGUAAACCCGCUGACGCAGGGGAUGGUGGUGCUCCAGGGGGACCCGGAGCUGGUGGCGGAGCUCCUGUCAGGAAGGGGAGCCGGCGGCGGGGGAGGAUCCGGUGGCCCGCCGCCGGCGUCGAGGGCGUCGAUCGAGGCGAUGACGAUGGUGGAGGUUGGGCAGGAGGGGGAGGAGGUGGGGGAGUGUCCGGUGUGCCUGGAUGAGCUCGCCGGCGUGGUGAAAGAGAUGCCGUGCCGGCAUAGGUUUCAUGGGCAGUGCAUCGAUAAGUGGCUGGGGAUGCACGGGUCGUGCCCCAGAUUAUGUGCAGUUGAUGAAAGCUGA